GUUGCUAGACAACUGGCCCUAGCCCACCUUUAUGUGCCUGGUCAGUGCUGCCCGGCUUCUUCCCCUCAGCAGUUGCUUCUUUGAGUCCAGAGGCAGCCCAGCUACCCAGAGGCUGCUCCAGAGCACAGUCCCUGAAGAAGCAUAAGGCCCAGAGAUCAUCCUUGUACAACCAGGACAGCUGACCACACACCAUCAGGCUGCAUUGGAUCAUAUGAAGGAACUGUGGAAUGACGAGUUCUGGCAGAACCCCUGGGACCAAGGGGGUCUCGUGGUGAUUGGUUUGUUCAUCACCACAGUGCUGUUUCUCAUCUUAUUUGCGGUUGUGUUCGGCUUACUUCCGCCGAUGGAGAAGACCCAGUAUGAAGAAGACUGACCCGCUCACCCACAUGGGCAGGGGGCCUCUGCCGUCUCCUCGGGCCCAGGAUCAAGGCCCUGGAUCUUCUUCUCCCAUCAGGAAAGAGCCCAAACAGCGCAUCAGACAUAGGGGUUGGUCCAACUAGCAGGAUGGAGAGGCUGUUCUGAGACCCACUUGGGCCCCCCUCCUGCUGCCCCCAGGUCCCUGUGAGAAUCGGUGGAGGGUUUCUCUGUGGCCUCAGGGGACAGAAGCCAUGACCAGCAGCUCCUCCAGGAGGCUCAGGGGUCAGCCAACAAUGGGCAAAUCCUUGACCGGAAGGACACCAAAGCAACCAGAUGAAGUAAAAAUUCCCUUCCAGAUUUG